UCAUGAAUAAUGGUCUCGGUUGGGGUUUCUUUACACGGCCCACUAAGUAACACUGCGUCAUACGCCAACCAAUUCGAUUGAACAAACUGUUGAACACUUCGCGCAGGACUUCGUGGGCGCUGCCAUUAGGCGGAAGGACAAAUGCCUUAAUGAGUCAACGAAACACGUCGGGUGCAAGAUACAUGUAGAUUACUUUUGGAGGCAUUCAACGUAUACUAAAGACCAGGAAGUCCUGUACAUGUGCCGCACCUGCCCAGUCAAAGCCCUGGAUUUUCGUCGAAGGCUGCUUCAUCCCUUGAGGAGGGCGAGUGGUUCUCGGCCAGAUUUCACGUAUGCGAGUUGGAAUCAGAAAUUGAAGUUGACAAUUGAGGGGACGCCGCUUCUGGAAUUACGCUCUGUCAAGUUUCACGUUCCCAGCAGAGGAUUGCUGGUACCAGCUUUACACUGACGCUUGAAUAACCCCUUUUUAAUUCAGAAAGAUUCAUUAUGAAUUGGCUAAAUGAGGCGUUCUUCGUUAUUUGUUGUGUUUAUAUCACAAUGAGUACGACUGUUAAUGUGGCGACUGCACAAAACCACCAUGUAACAGCAUAUAUGGACAGGCGGGAACGAAAUAAGGAAUACGGAUGUGGGGACGUGGUCGGGGACACCGUGUCCGGAGCGAUCUCGUCCGUCAUCCCCGCCAACGCGGCGGGGCUCAACUGCAGCCUGACCCUGAUCUCUCCGCCGGGCACCCGGCUGAGCCUGACCAUCACUCGCCUCCACCUCGUCAGCCCGAACCUCAACACGUGCGACGGCAAUCGGCUGAAGAUUCUCGGUGGCGAGGCCUCGGGAGCAGCCACCUCCCUGUUGCCGUCCUUCCCCAACGGCCUCUGCGGUUACACCAAGCCAAGCCAGUCUGUCGAGUCUCUCGAUAAUCGAGUGUAUCUGCUCCUUGAAUCGAUCCCCACAACGAUCGAGAACACAUUUAACUUGAGCUACGAAUCCUUCAAGACGACACCGGACGAUGAGUGUUUCGUCUGUGACGUUGGAGGUAGCCGCAGCGAACCGUUCUGCAUCGAUCCCAGGUUGCUGUGCGACGGUCGGCAAAACUGCCCGGGGAACAGUGAGGAAACCGCGGCAAAUUGCAUGGCGACUACCUCGGCACCACCGUCUGGAUCAGGAAGUAUUGUCGUUAUUGUUAUUGUUAGCGUUUUGGCCGCUGUACUAAUUGCGGUCAUGAUCUUUGUUGUGCUGGCUGUAAUGGCCAAGAGGAUGCGCUCAAAGCGAAACCAGGGCAGCGUCCGCCGCUCGGAGAGAGCCAGCCAGUCCCUCACAGGAGCUCCACCAAGCCUGGCUGUCAAUCUCGAUCACAUGCGCCUCCAUGGGGAGAACGAGGACUUGCCUGGGAGCUACGAGGUCGCCGUGGGUUCGCCGAUGCCUCUGCACCCAUUGGGUGGCCCGCCGCUCUUCACCGUGGACGGCGAGUAUCGCAGCGAGGCCCCGCCGGGCACCGCUGGACCAUUGCCCGGUGCGCCUCCCGCGUACUCUACCCUCCCCAGGCCCAUGGAACGCUCACUGCAGAUAGCUGAGAAUACCAACCCAAUUUCUAGAUCUAGGGUGCCCAGCACUAACGAUGAACUAGCACCUGGUACUCCUUGAUAAAAGUGCAAAAGGUUUCAACCAAUGAGAAAAAACACUGUAUUCGAAAUCGACGGGCAUUAUAAUUAGUAUCCGGGGUGCAGAUGAUGACGAAAAACUGAGCGCAGUUCUCCCUCUGGAAUUUGUAAGUUUGUCUCUUAAGAGUGACGUCAAGAUAAACAAAAUGACUGGCAAAGUUAGAAGCUAAAGCCAAAAUAGAGUGAGAAAAUACCAUCUAUAAGAGCACGUGUGUCUAUUCCCACACAGGUGGUGUCGAGUAAUAGCUAUUUCAAAAAUGUGCUGAGAAAAAAAAUGUUUGUUUCACUAAAAUGACGGUAAAUUGGCAAACGCAACGAAGCAUUGCAAACCUUCUCCUGUGAGAGGGAAAGUGAAAGAAAAAACUUGGUGAAUUUUUUCCAUAUGUCAUCUUUGCACAAACUACAACAUGGCCAAGUAAACGUAGGGAUACUUUUUGUGAGGGACUGUAGCAAUAAUAUGGCCGGACACGCGAAAAUUUCAGUGAUAGCAUACGAUGCUGCGUGAGUAUGCAGAGACCGCAAAUCUGCAAUAGUACAGCUGGUGAUCUCACUGGAAGCCCUCCAAAAUAUCAGGGUAUAGUAGUAUAGCUCAAGAUCUGAUGGUGUUGCGGUGUAAUACGCAUUAGUUAAAACUAAAAAUUCGUGUAUUUUGUUAA